CACAUUGUCCACCUGUAUGACCAGCACAUUGUCCACCCCUCCAUUGUCCUGUAUGACCAGCACACACCUUAUGACCAGCACCUGUAUGACCAGCACAUUAUCCAGCACUGUCCACCUGUAGGACCAGCACAUGUCCACCUAGGACCAGCACAUUGUCCACCUAAGGUGCCUAGACAGAUGAUCGAUGUGAAGCCACUGCACAACAACAACAGCCGAGACAACUCGAUCAGCAGCAGCCAGAAGACAGACUCGACCACAAGCUCCAGACAUGGGCUGUCCAGCGUCUUCCUGGAGUACUCGGACAAGUGUUCCCUCGUUGGAGUGCCUUACAUCAGAAACGCCAAGAAUCUGUGUGAGCGCACCACUGGUCUCAAGUUGGUUAAUAGAUUGCUGUUCGCGUCAUAUUUCUCCUACGGAAAACACACACAGAUCUCGCUAGGAUUCGAUACUUUGGAUUUCCCCGCCAUCACAUUUUGCAAUGUUAAUGCUAUGCGAUGGUCACAGAGAGGGAACGCGUCUGCAGAACUUCUGAAAGUCAUUGACGCUGUCAGCAUGGACAGUCUCCACAAGAACGUCAAACAGUGGGCUCCCAGGUUCGACGACUCGCCCAACAAUAAAAGGUACAUCAUUUGUUUAGUCACAGACAUGUGUGUUAACGCUCCGCCGGGCAAUAUGAGAGAAAACAACUUCUUCGAUUCCAUGCCUAGCGGCAACAUCACGUCUCCCAGAGCCAGCGUCAGCGACUUCUACAAACAGAAAUACCCAGACAGCUGGCAGGGUCAGUGCAAGCAGUCCACCUUUGAUAGCCUGCAGACAACCUUCAAGGAUUACUGGGUUCAAGAACCUCCAGAGAAGCGGCUAACGAUGGGACAUCAGAUCCAGAACAUGUUGAUCCAGUGCUCCUACGCCGGAGGUCAGUGCGUCAUGAGCAACUUCACUGUCAGCCAGUCGACCUCGUAUGGCAACUGCUACACAAUACAGAACACACUGUGGGCGGCACGCAGAAGUGGACCCGACCAAGGAUUUCAGCUGAUCCUGUUCCUGGAGACGGAUGAGUACGUCCCGGGGAUCACUAACGAGAAAGGGAUCCAGCUGAUCAUCCACGAGCAGGGAACCACUGCUUUCCCCGACGACGAGGGCAUCGCUGUGGCUGCAGGCACCCAGACUGUCAUAGGUCUCAGACAG